GACGGAUCCUCGUAAGAUUGUUCAGGUGUCAGUCUCUUCAUCAUUCCUACGCAUGGAUGCAUGGGUCAGGACCCAUGAAACAAACACACUUAAACACCGAACUGAACACCGAACACCGAACUCUCUGGUGUACCGACGUGCGUCCGGUGGACCCUCACAUACCUUCCUCACCUGUCGUCAACGCGGUGUCCUGCUCGCCGUGUUGCUCCACCAGCGAGCCGCUCAAGUGGUGAAACUGAUUCACAAAGUAGCACUUCCCGCGGUCUGCCGAUCCUGCCCGUGGUUCCAACGAUGGCAGCUCCGGUGCCACAAGUCAUGGAUGAGAAGGACACGGAGGCUGCGCCCAUGCAGGUGUCGAUGCUGGAGGAUCCGCAGCACGGUGCGUGGUCGGCCUACCAGAGCCUGGGUGAAGGUUCUGCCCCUGUGAGCAAUGACUCCUUGUAUUCGAAGCUCUUUUGUAUCAUGGGUGGCAUCGGAAAACCCGCGGGCGAUGUGAUGGUGGGAGAGGAGACCAAGUUCUGUUGCAUCCACAGCCAACUCUUCUGUGGCUUCCAGAGUGGUGACAGCUGCCCUGCAGCCAAUGGUGGGUGCUACAUGUUCAAGCCUGAGUUGGUCUGUGAGGGCUCAGCCAAGAUCUUUUGCAUCAAGCUUGGCUUCGAACUUCCCAAGACACCUUACAUCGUUUGCUGCCAGAAGGAGGUCUGGCGUGGGUGAGCGGCUUUAAGGCACAGACAGAGUAGCAGCAGGGGUGUGCCAGCUGGGAUUCUGGGUUUGCACAUGCUGGAGAGAUGAG